GGCGACCGGAUGUAUAGGCGUGACAGCUCGAGGGCCCGGGAGUUCUUGACUUGUGGUCCUCCAGAGUUCUACGGGACUAAGCCCGACGAGGAUCCCGAGGAGUUUAUCAGGAAGAUGCGGCGCACUCUAGAGCUGAUUAAUGCUUCCGAGACAGAGUCAGUCGCAUUGGCUUCGUACCGGUUAUAUGACGUGGCAGCGAACUGGUAUGAGUCGUGGAAGCUAUCCCGGGGGGACGACGCUUCCCCAGCAGUUUGGGGUGACUUUUCUCAGGCCUUUCUUGGACAUUUUCUGCCCCCAGAGUUACGACGAGCCAGGGCUGACAGAUUUUUGUUAUUGAGACAGAGGGGCCGCAGUAUCCGGGACUACAGUUUGGAGUUUGAUUCCUUGGCCCGAUAUGCGCCUACUGUGGUAGCUACGAUGGCGGACAGGAUACACAGGUAUAUUAUGGGGCUCGAUCGCUAUUUUAUUGAUAGUUGUCUGGUAUUGGCGGCCCAGCCCGAUAUGGAUAUUGCCCGUAUUCAGGCGCACGCCCAGGGCAUGGAGGAUAGGGGCCGAGGGGGGCAGCAGGCCGACAGGAGCCAGGACCGGAGACCGCCCAAGAGGGCCAGAUCAUCGGGUUAUUCUGGAGAUUUUCGGGGCAGGCAGCCGCAGCAGCCCCAGCAGCCGCAGCAGCCUAGUAGAUUUUCAUCUCAGCCGGCACAGAGCGCACCUCCCCAGCCUACAGGUCGCAGAUUUGAUAGCCCAGGGUAUUCAGGAGCAGGCCAGAGCUCCAGGGCUUUAGGUUCGCGGACAGAUAGGGGUUCGGGUCAGAUGAGGCCACCCAGAGUUCAGUGUUCUUUCUGUGGCAGAUACCACCCGGGAGAGUGCUACAGAGCCACCGGGGCAUGCUUUUCUUGUGGCCGUCAGGGUCAUUCGGUGAGAGAUUGCCCGUAUAAGGGCAGUGCGGGUGGUGCAGUGCAGCCUACCGGAUCAGCCGAUGGGUCUUCAUCUUCAUCAGUGGCUAUGCGCCCCACGGGGCAGGGUACUCUGGCACCAGCAGGUCGCGGCAGAGGCCGUGGUGCAGCUUCUGGUAUUGGCGGUCCUUCGAACCGCAUCUAUGCUUUGGCCAGUCGUCAGGAUCAGGAGGCAUCUCCUAAUGUCGUUACAGGUACUUUAUCGGUCUUCUCUCGAUCUGUGUAUGCAUUAAUUGAUCCAGGUUCGACUUUAUCGUAUAUUUCGCCCCUUGUUGCUGGUAAAAUUGGUAUUAUGUCUGAGCCUAUAGAGCCAUUCGAGGUGGCCACACCGAUCGGAGACUAUAUUGUAGCGAAUCAGGUGUAUAAAAAUUGUUCUGUACUUGUAUGUGACCGUGACACUAAGGCAGAUUUGGUGGAGCUAGAUAUGAUUGAAUUCGACGUUAUUAUGGGUAUGGAUUGGCUAGCUUCCUGUUACGCUCAUGUGGACUGCCAGAAUAAGGUAGUCCGUUUCCAGUUUCCCGGGGAGCCAGUUGUAGAAUGGGCUGGUAAUACAGCAUCGCCGAAAGGUAAGUUUAUUUCAUACCUUAAGGCAAAGAAAAUGAUCAGAAAGGGCUAUAUUUAUCAUCUGGUACGGGUGCAAGACUUGACAGCAGAGACGCCGACACUUCAGUCAGUCCCCGUGGUUAAUGAGUUUCCAGAUGUUUUUCCCGACGAGCUUCCAGGUCUUCCGCCAGAGCGGGAGAUAGAUUUCUCUAUUGAUUUACUCCCAGGUACUCAGCCUAUCUCUAUUCCUCCGUAUAGAAUGGCGCCGGCAGAACUGAAGGAGUUGAAAGAGCAGUUGAAGGAUUUGCUAGAUAAGGGCUUCAUCAGGCCCAGUACUUCGCCUUGGGGAGCUCCGGUAUUAUUUGUGCGUAAGAAAGACGGGUCGCUGCGUAUGUGUAUUGACUAUCGGCAGCUGAAUAAGGUAACUAUAAAGAAUAAAUACCCCCUCCCCAGGAUUGAUGAUUUGUUUGAUCAGCUGCAGAGUGCUAAGUACUUCUCGAAGAUAGAUCUUCGAUCUGGUUAUCACCAGGUACGAGUUCGCGAGGCUGAUAUUCCUAAGACGGCUUUCCGGACCCGAUACGGGCAUUAUGAGUUCAGGGUCAUGUCUUUUGGGCUUACUAAUGCCCCCGCGGUAUUUAUGGAUUUGAUGAACCGGGUAUUCAGGCCGUUCUUGGAUAUGUUUGUGAUUGUAUUUAUUGACGACAUCCUGGUUUAUUCUCGG